AUGCCAAAACAAACCCUCGAAGUUGCCAUGACACUCCAAGGAUUGGAGAAGGUCACCAUUGAAGAUCCAGCUGCUUUUACCUGGAGAGUUAAAGUCAAGUGUCCAAAUUGCCAAACUGAACACGCCAAGCACAUCUUUAUUUGUGAAAAUGAAAAGGAAGAUAAGAAUGUUAAGGCAGGAACUAGUGCUACCAAUGUUAACUUUUCAUGCUCUGUCUGCAAGAGACAUGCCACCAUUGAUGUGAUUAGUGGAUCAUUUAAGGAAAUUACUCAAAGUGAAAAAUUCUUCCCACUCGUUCAAUUUGAUUGUCGUGGUGUUGAUAUUGUCAAAUGGGAACCAGAAGGAAGUGAAGGAUUGGUUGCUUUCAGUGAUGGAAACAAAUUUGAAGUCAACUUGGAAAAUAUGGAAUAUUUUGACUAUGAUGAAGAAUCUGAACAAGAAAUUUCAAUUACCAACAUUAAGAUGAAAUUUGGAAAGUAA